UUAUUUCAAAAUUACGUAUUGCCAACAAGAUUGUGUGCUCUCUGAAAAUGUCCCUAAACCAAAGAAUUCCCAAUGUUCAAAAACUUCUGUCAACAGCAGCCACUGUUGCUGCAACAGCAAUGCUGGUUAGGAGCAUUGCCUAUGAUUACAUACCAAAUGAUAUCCACCGCUACCUAUCCUCUCAUUUACAUAACCUUUCCAGACUUUUCUCUACUCGAUUCACCAUUGUGAUAGAAGAAUUCCAAGGUCUCUCAAAGAAUCAAAUGUUUGAUGCGGCAGAGGUCUACUUAGGUACCAUAACUAGCUCCUCAGUUCAAAGAGUUAGAGUGGGCAAAGACGAGAAUGAAAAAAGUUUAGUAGUUACCUUGGAUCGAAAUGAAGAGAUAGUUGAUGUUUUUGAAAAUAUACAGAUGAAUUGGAGCUUGGUUUGUACACAAGUUGAGCCAUCAAAUUGCAGAAAUCAAAACAUGAGUGAUCUUAAUGCCACUCUGAGGUCAGAGGUCAGAUCCUAUGAGCUAAGUUUUCACAAGCGACAUAAAGACAAGGUAUUAAGUUCCUACUUGCCAUAUAUUUUAAGAAGAGCAAGGUCCAUUAGAGAUGAGUGCAAAACAGUGAAGCUACGCACGGUUAUAGCAUAUAGAUCAUGUUGGGACCCCAAUGCAGUCAAUCUCAAUCACCCAAUGACGUUCAAGACCCUUGCCAUGGAUUCCGAGCUUAAGAAGGAACUGAUGGAAGAUUUGAACAACUUUUUGAAUGGGAAGGAGUACUACAAAAGAAUUGGGAAAGCUUGGAAACGAGGGUACUUAUUAUAUGGUCCCCCGGGUACAGGAAAAUCAAGUUUGAUUGCAGCAAUGGCAAAUUAUUUGAAUUUCGACAUCUAUGACUUGGAUCUAUCUGAGGUCAGGUACAAUACUGAACUCAGGCUUUUGUUGCUCAGCAUGCCUAGCAGAUCAAUACUUGUCAUAGAGGAUAUUGAUUGCUCUAUCAAGCUAGAAAACCGGGAAAAUGAGAAUGAUCACAAUACUGGAAAACAAAAACAGAUGACUCUCUCAGGAUUGCUCAAUUUCAUAGAUGGUCUUUGGUCAUGUUGUGGUGAUGAGCGUGUCAUCAUUUUGACGACCAAUUACAAAGAACAACUCGAUCCUGCUUUGUUGAGACCUGGUCGUAUGGAUGUGCAUAUUUGCAUGUCAUAUUGCACCCCUUCUGUAUUCAAGCACCUUGCUUUGAACCAUCUGGGGCUUUGCCGUCAUGGUCUCUUUCAACAGAUCGAAAGGCUCAUAGAGGAUGUAAAGGUCACUCCUGCAGAAGUUGCAGGGGAGCUGAUGAGAAACAAAGACACUGAAGCUUCCCUUCAAGGACUACUGAACUUCCUCCAGAACAAGAUGAACGAAGGAGAUAAAUUUAUUAGUAACAACAUCUGAGUAAAUAAAAAA